AUGGUUGCCAACUCAUCAUCGGAACCAUCAACAUCUGGCCCACAACCACCAAAGAAACGUGGUCGAAAACCCAAGCCUCGUCCGGCCACGCCCCCUCCAGAAUCUCAUGAUCUAUCAGAUGCCGAACCGGCUGUUGAAGAUCCAUCGGAUCCAUCGACCUCAGAAAAGAUGACUCAGAAGAAGAAGGAUAGAUACUGUAAAUUCCAGUUGAUCUUCACUUCAGACAAACUGAAAAACAGUGUACUCAAUGCGAAUACAGAAGAAUUGAAGGAGAAGAUUAAAAAGUUGUAUAAAGAGGAACGAGCACAAUAUGAGGCACUCGUUGAGGAGGAUCGGAGAGUACAUUAUCAGGAAUGGCUCGACGAUACGUCAGUCGUCAAUAUCUAUCGAAAGAAUCUCAUCGAACGAGUCGGAGAGUACAAAGAACUCAAAGUUGAGCCGUGUUACGGACCUGAGAAUGGACAUCAGACGUGCAUUUCUUGGAUCAAACCUGACCGUGACGAGAAUGGCACCGUGCACAAACGAGAGUACAUGGACACGGCUUGCAUCGAAAUCGGUGAUAUUCGUCCAGGAAUGGUGCAUUGGAUACCGAUAGAGCAGUCGAUUAGGACGAAAGACCAGCUGAGACUCACACAUAUGCCGUUUUUCCAUGACGGAAAAGAUGAUAAUGAAGUGUAUGAUUCGUUGAAUCACUUGUUCCCUGAUGGGAUACAUGGAUUCGCUCACAACUGGGCGUAUAUCAACGACUAUUUGCUCUACCGUGUAAUGCGUCGUGCUCUCGAGAACUACGACGGUAACAUCGACGUAUUCUACUACACAAUCUAUUGUCUCUGGCCGAAUAAAUUCUCCCAGAGACAGCUCUCCUACAUCUUCCCGAAAUACUGCGCCCGAUACGCGGAGCCUGGAUUCGAUUGGCAAAGAUUGGAACACUGGAAGUCGGAAAUUUCGAAGAAUCCAACUCUCGAACAGGCGGCGGCGAAUGUGAUUGAGCCCAAGUGCUACGCGUGUCUCGAAUACAUCUGUGCAGUUCAUGGAUUCGUUGCACAGAUCUCACCGGAGAAUGUGAACGGAGACUUGACGCCCGUCACCCUGCCGUUACCGGAUGCUGAAACUGAAGCGUCUUCAGGAUGUGGACCAGAGUGUUGGAUGAAUUUGGAUGCGCAGACGAUUCUGGAUGAGUUGACACCGAGUGAAGAGGAGAUUGCGGAGAAACGAGCGACGAUUUAUUUGGAUAGGGCGGCGCUUGCCGAGAUGUCAAUACCGGAUGGAGGAAUGAUUGCCACGAUGUAUAUGUGUCAUGACUCUGAUACAUUCUGCGAUUUCGCCCACAAAAAUCUCGAUGGAAAACUCAGCGAGAAUAGCAAGAUUCGAACGUGUCGUGACGCUUAUAAUCUGAUUAUGGGAUUCGCUGAAUAUAUCACGGAACGACGCAUUCAAAUGGGUAGACCGAAACCGAGAUUGGACCACCAAGACCGUGCCAUAAAUUUCCGCGGCACUAAGCUGCGUACUGGCGAUGAGUUAGAGGCGGCCCGCCAAUCGGCACUCCAAACACGUGCAGAGACAGAAGGAAAAACGGUGGAACAAGUGAUCACAGAUGAUGCAGAAGAGGAAGAAAAGAAGAAAACACAAAAUGGGAAAAAGGAGAAAGUGAAGCUGGAAGCGAGGAACGCCUUCAUGGGUUGUAAUCAUAUUGGAGACUGUGGCCCAUUCACUACAGAGUGCUCGUGUAGAUCCAAUGGAACAUGUUCUCAUCUCUGUAACUGUGCUAUGACAUGUGAUCAGAGAUUCCCUGGAUGCAACUGCGCUCCCGGACAGUGUCAAUCUAGUUUGUGUCAGUGUUAUCUCGCGAAUUGGGAGUGCAAUCCGAAUACAUGUCGCAAGUGUAAUUGUGAAGCGAUUGACGAAUCGGGAGAGGUGAAAAAGUGCAAGAACUUCUCAAUGUCUCGAUUUGUACAGAAGAGAAUGUACGUUGCACCGUCGAAAAUCAGCGGAAACGGACUGUUUUUGAGUGAAGACGUCGAGAAGGACGAGUUUAUCACUGAGUAUGUUGGAGAGAGAAUAUCCGAUGAGGAGGCUGAGAGACGUGGGGCGAUUUAUGAUCGAUUCAAGUGCAGCUACAUUUUUAACCUCGAGACCGGCGGCGCAAUCGAUUCAUACAAAGUUGGCAACUUGUCUCGUUUCGCGAAUCACAACGAAAUCAAUCCGACAGUCAAUGCGAAAACGAUGGUCGUCAACGGUGAACAUCGUAUCGGAUUCUAUGCGAGACGCGAGUUGAAGGCCAACACCGAAUUAACGUUUGAUUACGGAUAUGAGAAGGAGCAUAAGGAUGCUGUCAAAGUCAACUCCCAUCGAAAAGUGGCGAAAUCCGGAAAACGUCGUUCCGAUGAGAGUCAACCGUGUUGCUCGUCGUCUGUGAAGCCGCCUUCUUCUCGACGACGACGACGCAAACCUUCAUCUUCUGAAUCCCGAUCUUCAGAAGAGCGUUCAUCAUCACCAAUGGAUACAUCAGACUAA